AUGACACUAUUUAGAUGGGUAGAAAAUGAUGAAGCACGAGAAAUAAUUUAUUUUGCUAAUCCAUCAUUACCUUUACUAUCAAGAAAAAAUCUAGCUGAAAGUAUUUUGGAAGACACAGCAAAAGAUAUUAAAUUAUCACUUGAAUCAAUUGCACAAUCAGAAAAAUUGAUCUUACAGUUGUAUUGGAUGGCUGGAAAAAUGUAG